GUUAUUCAAAGUUUUACUGGUUCACGUUUUCCGACUAAACCAGUCGGCCACUGUCUGACCUGCACCAGGAUGAUUUUGUUAACGAUGGUCGCCCGUGUAGCGGACGGACUUCCGCUCGCUGCGUCCAUACAGGAGGAUGAACAGUCAGGAAGAGAUCUCCAGCAAUACCAGACUCAGGCCAAGCAGCUGUGCCGUAAACUGAACGCUCAGAGUCCGGACCGCUGUACCCUGGAGGCCGGAGACGUGAGCUUUCACUUUUUAAUAGCCCAGGGUGUAUGCUACCUGGCCCUGUGUGAAGUUUCUUUCCCCAAAAAGUUAGUGUUUGGUUACCUUGAAGACCUCCACAACGAGUUCUAUGACCAGUACGGAAGAAGAGUUCCCACAGUAACGAGGCCGUAUUAUUUCAUUGAGUUUGACACAUACAUCCAGAAAACAAAGAAGUCGUAUGUUGACAGCAGGGCCCGGAGGAACUUUGGGAGCAUUAACACAGAGCUGCAGGAUGUGCAGAGAAUUAUGGUGGCAAAUAUCGAGGAAGUACUACAAAGAGGAGAAGCUCUUUCUGCUCUCGACACAAAAGCCAUCAACCUGUCCGCCCUGUCAAAAAAGUACCGCAGCGACGCCAAGUACCUCAACACCCGCUCCACCUAUGCUAAGGUGGCCGCUGUGUCAGUGUUCUUCAUCACACUCAUCAUCUAUGUGCGAUUCUGGUGGCUCUGACGGACGCUCAGGCGAAGACCUGGACAAAAAGAAGGCACUUACCGUUAACUAAUCCGGUUAUAUUUCUGUUGCACACCAGGGUGCCUUCAAGUUGUCUUAUACUCUAAAUGUUCAAGUUAGGAUAUUCUUUCUGUGCUUUAUUCAGUAUGGACUGACCCUAUAAUGGGACCUCUCUACAUGUGGAAGCAAAUGUUUUACAGUGAGUUCAUGUUACUCUGUUUACUGGAAAAUUUAAAUGCAAGACUAAUUCCUACGUUUACACACUGAUGUUGGAGCUCGGUUCAGAGUCAUAAGUCUUAAUACUGUGAUAAAAAGAAUGUUUAUUGUUUACAUAGUUGACACAAUUGUAAAAAGUCUUAGGGAAAUUAUUAAAUAUUUAUCAAAUUCUCA